CAUCCGUUUGCCAUCACUCCCGGCGCGCCAUGGAGGCAAGCGCAUAGCUCUUCCGGUUUUAGCGGCGGACCUGCAGAGAGAAAACAGCCUUAGAGGUUCUCGCCGCCAGACACGGAAGGGAUGCAGACGCGAGCAGCAUGGAGAGAGAAGGUGAGACGUCUGUAGUUGUUGCCGUUGUGACUGAGCCUCGGUUUACCCAGCGAUACAGAGACUACCUCGAGAAGCAGAAACUCCUGGAUAGACAGCACCGUGUGCAGAAGCUGCGGGAUGGCAUGGUGGCGCUCCCGGUGCUUGCGGAGACCCUCCCUGAGCGGCACCUGCAGGAGCUGAGGAAUCGCGUGGCCCCGGGCAGCUCCUGCAGGCUGACGCAGCUCCUCGAUCCUCUUCCUUCCAAAAAGGCCCGGGUUUGUUCUCCUGCGCAGAGACUGUGCCUUGAGGUGAGGCGCUGGGUAGAGGACCGCGGAGUGACGUGGUGCACCGAGCUGGAGGCGGAUUUGCCCCGGUCAUGGCAACGGCAUGGUGACCUAAUGCUGCUUAGUGAAGACUGUUUCCAAGCCGAGCAAUGGCAGAGUCUGGAACCAGAACUCUGGGAGACUGUCGCCUCGGCCCUUGGAGUUCAACGUUUGGCCAAACGAGGGCGGGUGUUGCCUGAUGGUACUCGAACGCCAUCGGUGACUCUGCUGCUGGGUGACCAUGGCUGGGUAGAGCAUAUGGACAAUGGCAUCCGGUAUACGUUUGACGUGACCCAGUGCAUGUUCUCUUUCGGGAACAUCACUGAGAAGCUUCGGGUGGCAUCGCUGUCCUGUGCUGGAGAGAUCCUGGUGGAUCUCUACGCGGGGAUCGGGUAUUUCACGUUGCCCUUCCUAGUUCACGCCGGUGCUGCCUUCGUCCAUGCCUGCGAAUGGAAUCCCCAUGCCGCCGCCGCUCUCAGAAACAAUUUGGAGAUCAACGGCGUGGCAGACCGGUGCCAGAUACACUUUGGAGACAACAGGAAGCUGCAGCUCUCCAACGCUGCAGAUAGGGUGAACCUGGGGCUGAUCCCCAGCUCUGAAGAAGGGUGGCCCGUCGCCUGCCGAGUGCUUCGGAAGGAUGUCGGGGGUGUUCUGCAUAUCCACCAAAAUGUGGAGUCUUUCUCGGGCAGGAAACCCCAGCCUCUUGGAAGCAGUGACACGGGAAAAGAGCAUCAUGGGCCUCAUCCCCAGAAAGUUAUCACUGAUAAACGGGGAAAUGGAACUCCUGGGCAUGUCAGGGGGGACAUGCCGCCGUCAGCCAGCAAACCAGAGUGGCACAGCUGGGCAGAAUCUACAGCAACUCAAAUCGCUUCUCUUCUUCAUCGGGUGCAUGGGAGAGUGUGGAGGACACAAAUCCUGCGUGUCCACCCAGUGAAAUCUUAUGCCCCUCACGUGGAUCACAUAGUCCUAGAUCUAGAAUGCCGCCCCUGUCCUCUGGUUGCCUAGGAGAGGUAGAUUGGGUGACACAGUAGAGCCGAAGGAAUGGCCCUUGGUGCUUCCGCUGGGGCCGAGUUCUCACCCUCUUGUUCGGUGGUCAUCUUUUUUAAUGACUUAUGGCCUGGAAACGAACCCUAGAUCUUCCCCAAAAUUUUUAUUUCCUGUUGAUCACACUGAGAAUAUGUUGAAGUGUCAGAGGAAAAUCAGGAUGGCACAUUAAAAUAGGACUCAUUUGUGCAGCCCGGAGCUCUGCAUUUUUACCUUCGUUUCCAGUGGGCCUACGGUCUUAAUAUUCAUUUGGUCUUGGAUUUAUCUGCACAUAAGGUUUCCUUGAAUUGGCUCGUGUGGCUUUUUUCUAGCAAGUCGUAUACAGACGUUAUUAGAAUGAAACACUUAAUUCACUGUUGGUGCUAUUCCCAGAGAUCACUAGCUACGGCAGGAGAAAUCGGCUGGAAAGCCAAGAUCAAAAUAGAGACCAGUGAGGAAGCGGUCCAGUUCUACGGAAGUUCUGUAGUUGUUCAGGCACUGCGUGAUAGUGGUCUGCACCAGGGUGGCAGCUGUGGGGAUUUGAAAAAUAAAUAUAAAUAGGUUUGAAAAAUAAAAUCAAUGGGACCAAAUAAUGAACUCCAAAUUGAAGCAGUAACACGAUGGUACUUUGUUUUUGUGACUAAAUUACAGAGGAGGGGGACAAUUAAUGGAGGUCACUCCAAUCUAGCAUUCCUUGGUGGGGUGUCUGCUUGUGGGGAUGGGAGGGUCUUAUAUAUUAAGUCUUUUCAUUUUAUGUUAAGGAGAGUUAAGAAUUACUUCUUUGUCCCAGAGUAAUAACCCAUGUCUAUAAGAUUGCAGUAAGAUCAAGGAUAACUCAUGUCACACUACAUAGUGAGACAGACAUUGUCUUAAAGCCAAGAAUCACUUCUAUGAAUUUUAGGGAAUCUAAAGCCUUGGACUGUGUGAUAGCUGCCAGUUGGUUAAAAUCCCAACAUUUUUAUAGACCUUAAGCUUAGAUUUAUCUUCUUUCCCUGGAAAGAAGCUGUAGGAAGAACUGGAAUAAAAUUCAGUGUAGAGUACUUACUGGGUUCAUCGCCAUCCUCCCUCCCCCCACACACACACACAGGUCUAGAAGCAGCAGUAGCAGCUGUUACUAUUAUACUGUAGGCAGGAAAUAUUCUGCAGUUUCCAGACCAUCUGCUUAUAAAAUUAGGUGGUUUCUGCUCUUCACUGCCAUUUGCCACUGAGGGAGCUAAUAGCUGAGGAUCUUGCUGAGCUGUUUCAAUGCACCUUGAAGCCCCGUAGGCCAGUUUGCUUGGUGAAGGAGGCAGGCAGCAGGGUGCCUACUUCCUUCCUUGUCUUUUUAUUUAACCCGAAGCUUACCUGCCUUGUGUGUGACUGGUACUCUUUCCCUUGCAGCAGUAGCAGUGAGGCCUGGGUUGGUGCCUUUCUCAUUAGGCACAAAUAUUAAGUGCCUUCUGCAUGUAAGAGCUACAGAAAAUAUAAAGAUCCAUUAGAUUUAAAAAAAAAAAGCCUCUCACCAAGGAGCGAGGCCAACUUAGCAGAAUUUACACAGUCCUCAGUGGUGGGGUAGAGUCAGUGCCACAGGACAGAUAACUUGCUGGAGGUGUGCAGAGGAGGGAAGAAAAGUUCUGUGAAGUAAAUAAGAAGUCUGCUUAGAAGUGGUAUUCGAAUUGGCUCCUGAAAACCGGGUAAGAGUUUGGUGGAUGGGGAGGAGGCAGAGCUAGGACCCAGAGUUUCAAAGCUUAAGAAAUGAGCCACUACUGUUAGUUUGUAACAAAGGACAUGGUGAUACAAUGUUGGAGAUGAAUACUCUGGGCAGUAUCUUGUGGGCAGAGAGCUCCCAAGGAAACGUUAGCUUGCCUAGGACCCCACUGCCGAGGCCUCCUUAACAUUCCUUUCUCAGAGUGGCUUUCUGGUGUUCACCUGGAUUAUAUUUUCUCUUCACUUGCUCGGUUCCUUUCCACUGUCUGCCAGCAGCUUACCGCAUUGGAACCAAAAUGCCAACGAUGCCACCCUGGGGCUUGAAUGAGGAGGGGGAAAUGAGUCAGAGCAGCAUUUGGGGACCGAGGCGCUGACGUUGGUCGUAAGCUGUGAACAGGCAGUUGGCGUCAGGCAUAGCUGAUGGAAUUCAUUCUACAGGUUGUUCAAUCCCUGAGUUCCAGGCCAUCCUGGGUUAUGUAACAAGAUGAGGGAGUAAGGGCAACUUCCCUUGUACCUGUAGUGGCCAGGAAAGCCAGUGUUGGCACAGAGAUGUAGCAGGGCUCCCAGGAGGCUGCUGAGUUUGUACCCCGAAAAUGUAGCAUCCCAGUAUGCUAAGGUGGGAUUACAGGACCUUCCAUUUAUUAUGGAAAUCCUUGAGCAGCUAUACCAACCCUGCAAAGUCUUUCUAAUUUCAACUUUGUCAUUAAAAAAAAAAAAAUCUGCAAACCCUACUCCCCUGCCCCGGAGCUGCCCAAUUUGUUUAUGGCAAAAUUAGGAAUUUUUUCCUUUUUUUUUUUUUUUUUUUUUUUUGAGACAGGGUUUCUCUGUAGCUUUGGAGCCUGUCCUGGAAUUAGUUCUCAUAGACCAGGCUGGUCUUGAACUCACAGAGAUCUGCCUGCCUCUGCUUCCUGCGUUGCUGGAAUUAAAGACGUGCGCCACCACCACCCAGCGGGAUUUUUUUUUUCUUAUAGGCAAGAAAUGUUUCUCAUAUUCUGAAUAAUGGACUGAGUAUCACUAUGACGUGAUUGAUAACAAUAUAUAAAAAUAUAGAUAACAGAAAGUGACAGCAUGGCAACAAUAGUGGCAGAUAAUAAAUGGCAGAUAAUAAACCAACAAAUAGCAGCAUGGCAAUGCUCACACCUAACGUUGGGCUCUUGGAAAUCACCCUUUUUUCCCAUUUGCUUUUCAUGCUGCCACCCACUGGAGAAAUCACAGGAAUAAAAACUCCAUCUUACACUGUGGAAGGCCUUCCACAAACAUCACUGAGACCUAGCAAGUACUGGACACUGGACUCCAACAGUGAGCAAAACCAGACCAAACCCAGACCCCGUGAACUUCAUACACUAGCGAAGGGCCAAAUAGUAACCAGAUAGCCACACGACACCCACAUGUAACCUUCCAUAUGACUCAUUCUAGCAGAUCCUGGGAGGAGAGGUUCUUGAUUUAACCAGUGAUUAAAGACACAUGGCUUAAAUGUCAGCGUUUAGGAGGUAGAAGCAGGUGGAUCUCUGUGAGCUCGAGGCCAUUCUGGUCUACUUAGAUCCAGGACAGCCAGGGCUAUGUAGAGACACAAGUGCCUUGUGGAGGAUUCUGAGGGACUACAAAGUUUAUGUGUCUGGAGGGCAGAGUAAGGAGUCAUGACAGGAUAAUAAUGGGGCAGAGUGUGUGUAGGGCACACGCCCACAAUACCAGCUCUUAGAAAGUGGAGGCAGGAGAGCAGCUCUGUUCAAGGUAAGCCGUGAUCUCAUGCACAAUGCACAUCUAAAUAGCAGUGGGACACGACUGGAGAAUCUUAAAAUGUAACAUGGUUAAUAUGAGUUUUUAAUUCACUAAAAUCCAACUAACACCCCCCUUUUAUUUUUCUUCAGAUCUCUGUGACCUAGACUGGUCUUAAACUCGUGAGCCUCUCAGCCUCCUGCUUUCUGGGAUCUUAG